UCACAUCACAGCAGUCAUUCCAAAUGGUAGAGAUUCCUCCUGAUGCUGACCAGCCAUCAAAGCUCCGCUUGUACCACUAUGUAUACACUCUGUUGGAAGUUCUGGCAAAGAACUUACAAAGUUUGGGCAUCGUUAAGGAGCACGUACUUAUAAGGCUGAUUUUCGAUGGACUGCCAGUGUGCAGGGACUCACAGCUCUGCAUAAAGGAUCUGCAUUUUGGUGAGGUGCCAGUGAGGAUUUACCUCCCAAGAGCACCAUCUGCAGGCAAACGGAGAGGAGUCAUCUUCUUCCAUGGAGGAUGCGGGAUGUUCGGAAGCAUCAGAAGUUAUGAAAGAAUAUGCCGACACAUAGCCCAAAAAGCUGACUCAGUGGUUGUGUCUGUCGGGUAUCACUUAUCUCCCGAGUACAAGUAUCCAGCCCAGACUCUGGAAUGUCUCGCGGCUACUGAGCACUUUUUGAAGACUUCAGAGAACUACGGGGUGGAUCCUGCUCGGAUUAUUGCUUGUGGGGAUAGUGCAGGGGGCACUUUUGCUGCUACUGUUUGCCAAGAACUGGUAAACAGAACAGAUAUCCCAAAGAUACGUGCCCAGGUACUGGUCUACCCAUUUCUCCAAGCAGUAAACUUCAAUUUGCCGUCUCACCAGAAAAACGCUUUCACUGCCUUCUUGUCCCGGGAACGCACAGUCUGUUACAUGCUGAAGUACCUGAACAAGGAUUGCUCUGUGAAGGAAGCUGUUUUGGCAGGUUCUCAUGUUCCCGAGAGCAUGAAUUUGAAAUACAGGAAAUGGAUAAAUCCAGAUCUUAUCCCAGAGAUAUUUAAACUGGGCUAUAAACCACCGUUACCCGCUUCAUUUUUACCUGGAGUCCAUGAAGAAACAAAAGAGCUGCUGAAGACAAGGCUCUCCCCCCUGUUAGCAGAAGAUGCUGUUGUUUGCCGCCUACCCGACACCUGUAUAAUCACCUGCCAGCACGACGUGCUCAGAGACGAUGGACUCUUGUACAAGAAACGCUUAGAGGACAACAACGUAAAAGUGAGCUGGUACCACAUGGACGACGGCUUCCACUGUGCACUGGGAUUUUUUGGUUAUGGUAUUUUCUCUUUUCCAUCAUCAAGUAAAAUAAUGAACUUCACUGUAAACUUUAUAAAAGGCUAUUGAACACAGUGAGCUGCUAUGCAGCCAGAGUGUACUUCAAUUAAUUAGUUAUUAGUUGUUUGUACAUUAGAAUCUAGGCAAGAAAUAAGUUAAUACAGCAUGGUCUGCUGAAUUCUGAUUUUCAAUUGCUAUUACUUGGGAG